CUCUGUGUAAACCUGGCCCCUACGUCUCUCUCUCUCUCUGUGUAGGUGUGAAGCCCUCUGAGCCAGGGAAGAGGUCCAGGUGGGAUGUGUCUGGCCAGGCUGGGGACAAGGAGAGGAAAGAGAAGGAUCCAGUCAGUGAGUUCCUCAGUGUGGCUCGUAUUGAAGCCUCUGGGUCAGGACCAGAAGCCUCUACUACUGAUGGCCCUACUACGGAUCCUACUGUAGAGCCAGACACGGAGCAGAAAGACGAGGAGGAGGAGGAGGAGAGCAGGCCGUCUAUGGAUCUGUUCAAGGCCAUCUUCGCCAGUUCAUCAGACGAGAAGUCUUCCUCUUCUUCUGAAGGAGAGAGUGAGGAGGAGGAGGAGGAGAAGGAGGAAGGUGUUCGGAGCAAGGCUGGGACUGGGCCUCAGAUAUCUAACCAGUUGAAUGUCAACACAACCCAGCCUGCUCCUCCUGUGUCGACUACACCCAGCCAGAACCCAGACGUUGUGUUCAAAACGCCCAGUGGUCCUGCCGCUGCCCCUCCCCCUCGGGACCAGGAAAUGGAAGAGGAGGAGUUUGGACCUCGGCUGCCUCCUCCUUCCUCUACAUUGACGGAGCGCCGUCCGUCCCCGACUCCCUCUGCUAAGGACGACAAACACAAGAAGAAGUGUAAGGAGAAGCACAAAGCCAAGAAACACGGCAAGCACAGGAAGGACAAGAAGCAGAAGAAGAAGCACAAGAGGCACAAGCACAAAGGCAAGCAGAAGAAGAGCAGUAGGAAGGAGGAGUCAUCAGACAGCAGCUCAGAGGGGAGUGACGGGAACAGCCAGGAGGACGGAGAGGAGGGGGGAGGGGUAUCAACAGAAGAGCUGCUCAGAAGGUUGAAGGGCAUCCGUGGGAAGAAUCUGCAGUGAAUCUGUGAUCCGACAGACAACAGGAUGUCCUCUAUGAGGACAGAUAUCUGGAGACGGGAACCAUUCUGUAUGAAUUCCAAUAGCCCUGUAGUUAUGAUGCUGAUGAAAGUCUUACUUUACAUUUUAAAUUGUAAUUCUCAUGAGAUGUGAGUUUUUUUUUGCUGAUCUCGGACUGAUAUGUGGAGAGAGGUCUAUCAUCUGUUAAUCAAUAAAAAUGUGAGAUUUU